CAAUACUGGCGGAUCCGAUACUGGGGCGUAUGCCGGCCAAGCAGCGGAAUAUCCUUUUUGCUAAAAUAACUAACGUAAGAAGAAAAAAAAAAAGAAAAAAAAAAGGGAAAGGUAAAAAAUGUUGAGUUGCCAAUGGAGCAGCUUCACUAGAAUAUCAGUAUCACCAUUUCGUUUGCAGCAAGCACAACUCAAUAAGGCGUUAAACUUGAAGAAACAGUGUUGCGUUACCAAAUCAUCCAUGGACGAUUCCAGUUCCCAGGGUCACCAAUCGCCCUUUCAGUUUCUCACGAAGAAGCCUUACGAGCCUCCUCCAUGGGCUUCACAUCUUAGCCCCAUUCCCUCUCACACCUUUUCGCUUGGUCAUUUUCCGACUCCAAUUCACAAGUGGAACCUGCCUAAUUUGCCGAAGAACACCGAGGUUUGGUUAAAGCGUGAUGAUAUGUCAGGAAUGCAAUUGAGUGGAAACAAGGUCAGAAAGCUGGAGUUCUUGUUGGCAGAUGCUGUAGCACAGGGUGCUGACUGCAUAGUGACUAUAGGUGGCAUACAAAGUAAUCACUGUCGUGCUACUGCUGUCGCUGCCAAGUACUUAAAGCUUGACUGUUAUCUCAUCUUACGCACUUCAAAGUUACUUGUAGAUAAAGAUCCUGGAUUAACAGGGAACCUCCUUGUUGACCGUUUAGUUGGAGCACACAUUGAUCUUGUUUCAAAAGAAGAAUAUGCAAAAGUUGGCGGUGAGGCUCUUACCAAAAUAUUGAAAGAAAAGCUGUUAAAUGAAGGGAGAAAGCCAUAUGUCAUCCCUGUUGGUGGAUCCAAUUCUCUAGGAACCUGGGGCUAUAUUGAGGCAAUUAGGGAAUUGGAGCAACAACUUCAGCACUUGAGCAUUGAACAGAAAUUCGACGAUAUUGUUGUAGCUUGUGGCAGUGGGGGUACGGUCGCUGGUUUGUCAAUUGCAUCCAUGCUCAGUGGCUUGAAAGCAAAAAUUAAUGCAUUUUCUGUCUGCGACGAUCCAGAUUACUUUUAUGAAUAUGUUCAAGGCCUACUUGACGGAAUUACUGCUGGAGUUAACUCCCGUGAUAUUGUUAGCAUCGAAACUGCAAAAGGCCUUGGGUAUGCUAUGAGCACCGCUGAUGAGCUUAAAUUUGUGAAGCAAGUUGCUGAAACCACAGGUGUUAUUCUUGACCCUGUCUACAGUGGUAAAGCAGCUUAUGGAAUGAUGAAAGACAUGGGCGAGAAUCCAAGAAAGUGGGAGGGAAGAAAGAUUCUGUUCAUACACACAGGUGGGCUACUAGGUUUGUAUGACAAAGCUGAUGAAAUAGGAUCACUAAUGGGCAAAUGGCGUAAAAUGGAUAUCAAUGAAUCUAUCCCUAGACAAGACGGCAUCGGCAAAAUGUUCUGAAAUUGACGAAUAAGGUGAUAGCAAUUAUGUUGUCAUUUAUCAACGUGUACACCAUUAAAAUUCGAAUUCCAGCAUUUCUUAGAGUAGUUGAGUUAUGGAUGUAUGGUUUCUUCUUGCUAUCGCCAAGGGACAGCCUUUAGUGACAUCUUGGUUUGGGGAUUGGGUGAGGUUUCUCCCUUGACUGUUUAAAUAAUGAUAGUAUAUGUGUCAA